CUCAGGUGUGCUUCCACACACACUGUACAAUUUGUCCAUGCUGAAAGGCUUCUUGGUAAACAGUAAUUUGCUUUCUGGAACUAUUCCUGCUGAUAUUGGCAAUAGGUUGCACAAUAUUGGCUUCAUAAACUUCUCUUCCAACCGAUUUCAUGGAACUAUCCCACCUUCAGUCUCCAAUCUCUCUGCCCUCGCAACCCUUGCCCUUGAUGGUAACAAUCUUAGUGGAUAUGUGCCUUCUAUUUUGGGGAGGUUGCAAUCUCUUAUUGGCCUGUACUUGAAUGACAAUAAGCUAGAAGCAAAUGACAGGGAGGGCUGGGAAUUCGUCCAUAUGCUCGCAAACUGCAGCCAGCUUCAGAGACUGAUUCUUCGCAAUAACUCUUUCAGUGGGAAACUUCCCAGUUCAAUUGCAAAUCUGUCGACAACUCUCAAAGUUCUUGAUCUUUCAGACAAUAGAAUCUCCGGAUCUAUUCCACCCAACAUCGAUAAUUUGGUUGGUCUGGAAACACUUGUGAUGGCGAAUACUUCUAUAUCUGGAGUGAUUCCGGAGAGCAUUGGUAGGCUAACAAACUUGGCUACAUUAGGCAUUUACAACACUAGCUUGUCAGGCCUCGUACCUCCAUCACUAGGAAAUCUCACACAGUUGAAUAUUCUUUAUGCAUACUGUAGCAACUUGGAGGGGCCAAUCCCAGCAAGCUUGGGAAAAUUAGAGAAUCUAAUUGUCCUUGAUCUCUCAACAAAUCGACUCAAUGGUUCAAUUCCCGGAGAGGUCUUAAAACUUCCCGCACUUUCCUACUACUUAGACUUAUCAUACAAUUCGUUGUCUGGGCCACUUCCUACUGAAGUUGGUAGCUUGACAAAACUUAACCAACUGAUUCUGUCAGGAAACCAGUUGUCUGGCAACAUAACCGACAGUAUCCGAAAAUGUGCAUCGUUGGAAUGGCUCUUGCUAGACCAUAACUCGUUUGAGGGAAGCAUACCUCAAUCUCUGAAAAAUUUACAAGGUCUAGCUCUACUGAACCUAACAAUGAAUAAGUUAACCGGCAAUAUUCCUGAUGCCCUUUCUAGUAUUGGUGGCCUAAAACAAUUAUAUCUAGCACACAACAACUUGUCCGGUUUGAUACCUCAGGUUUACAGAGCUUGACAUCCUUGUCCAGACUGGAUCUGUCCUUCAAUGAUCUCCAAGGUGAAGUACCAAAAGGGGGUGUUUUUGCAAAUGCAACUUACAUAUCAAUUUACGGAAAUGAAAAGCUUUGUGGUGGAACACCUCAACUUCAAUUAGCUCCAUGUUCCAUGCCUGUUGUGGAAAAGAAGAGGAAAAUGUCAAAAUCUCUUAUGGUCACUUUAACAUCAAUCAGCACACUUGUAAUCUUGGUUCUAGUGGCUGCUCUUGUUCAGUUGAUCCCCAAGAAGCUCAAAAAAAGGCGUCAAAGUCAAAUCAUACCCACAAUCGAGGAACAAUAUGAAAGAGUUUCUUAUCAAGAAUUGUCAAAUGGGACCAAUGGUUCGUCAAAGGAUAAUUUGGUUGGACAAGGAAGUUAUGGCGUGGUUUAUAAAUGUACUUUACAAAAUCAGGGCACUACGUCAGCUGUAAAGGUGUUUAACAUACAACAACCUGGAUCUGCUAGGAGUUUUGAAGCUGAAUGUGAGGCAUUGAGAAGGGUGCGUCACCAUUGUCUCAUGAACAUCAUCACCUGCUGCUCAAGCAUCAAUCAUCAA